AUGAUUUAUUAAAAAAAUAAUAGUUCAAAAAUUUACUGUGAAUAUUUCAGAGAAUAUUUAGAUAUAAAAGACCAUUUCUAUAAAAAUCCUAUAUACUCUGAAUCAUAUUAUGAUUGCUUAAAUUAAAUGUUUGCAAUUAUAACUAAAAAACCUGGGUAAGCCCUAAAAAUUAAUAAUUCUGAUUACAUUCAUAAAAUUAAUAAACUUUAUGCAUGCAUUAAAAAUUCAAAAUUUACAUCAUCUAAAUUACUUAGAUAAGUUAGAAUCACUAAAAAUGGUUUAAUUUAAUAAAAAAUGAAAUCAUAUAAUAUUUGUUAAGAAAAAUAGCUGGAAUAUGUUGAAUUAAUACCUGAAAUUGUUAAAACUUAAGAAAUCAAAGAAAAAGAAUAUAAAAUGGCUUUUGAGAAUUCUAAAUAAAAAUUAAAAUGGGUAUAUUUUGACAAUUAUUCUGAUGCUUAAAAAGUGAGAGAUUUUUGUUAUGUAAAUUCUGCUCUCAAUAAUUUAAAAUACAAUUUAUCAGGAUUUAUUCACUUUUUAGUAAAACAAUUUAAUUAAUUGAGCAUAUAUUUUAUUUUAUAAAAGAUAUCAAAAACUAGAUAAGAAAUGGAAAAAUUAUCAAUAAGUGAUUUAAAUUAAUCUUAAACACUUUCUUUAUAUUCUCCAGGUAUUUUAGCAAAAUAAGAUAAUGAUUUAAAAUAAUCACUAUCAUUUUAAGAAAAUAGUGUUAAAACAUAAAGUUUAGAGAAUGAAUUAAAUCAAUUCCUAUAAAACAUAGUAACUGAAUAUUUGGAUCAAAUAGUAGAUUAACAUUUAGAAUUAGCAUUUGAUGCAAAUUUUGAAAAUGAAAAUGAUAAUCAGAUAUAGUCUAUUUCAUACAUUUCUGUUCUUCAGUUAUCAGACCAUAAUAAAUCCAAAUAUAUAGAAUAAAAUUCCAUUAAUUAGAUAUAUAUUUUCUGA